UAAACUUACACAUUUGUUGUUGUUGAGUUGGUUUUUUCUUUUGAAGAGGAGUUGACACACCCAGUUGUAUUGAUAUUCCCCGUCGGACCGCAAACUUAGGUGGCGAUAGAGCUUUAUAAAUUGCGUAAGAAUAGCUCUAGCCCAGGUAUCUCCGCCCCCACUCUCUAAUUCUUCUUUCUCCACCCACCUUCUUUGUCACUAUUAUUUCUUGUUAAUGAUAUACUUUGAGGCUAACGUAACUACCACCAGUCCAAUGUACCCACAACCCCAGAUUCCCCACCAGGACCACCAGCAUCAGCACCAGCACCAGCACCAGCAACAUCCUCCCGCCCCACCCCAUAACUCGUCACUUCCCCCUCAUGACGGGACCCGAACUGAAGCCCCACUUGCUGGCAUCGGCUCGAAUCCAGCUCUUGCAAAGUUUGCAGAAAAUGAUAUUCAAUUAUUGAAGCAGCUAUUGGUUACUGGCGAGAAAAAUAAAUGGAAACAAAUCACCAAGGAAAUAAACACCCACGCUCUUAUGCGUAGAACCGGGGUCACCUCAGUUCUGGACAUCCCAGCAGAUUCUGGAUCUCCUACAGAUGAAUCUAAUUCAAAGAAUGUCUCUCCUACAUUUGUGAUAAAGCAAUAUCAAUCCCUUCUUGGAUUGCCCAACAAUGCGCUUUAUUUCGGUACGGUUGGAUCUUCGUUACCGUACAUUGUUGCUGAGCGCGGCUGGGACGACAUUCUACACGAAGACGACGUUGAGUAGUAGCAAAGUAGCAAAAAGUCUCUCCCUGCUUCCCCCCUCCCCACUCACACCAUUUCACUUCCUUCACUUCUCCAAAUGUUUUAUACUGGCGUUUUUACGGAUCCUUUUGCUUUUCUAAAAAUUAAAUAUAUAUAUAUAUAUAUAUUAAAAUAAAUAUAUCUUGACCCACAAACUGUAGUCAACCGUUUCAA